AUGGGUAUUUUUAGUGGCCCUUAUCUCUUUAUGAAACAUGAGGCAUGCUGCAGAGGCUUACGAUCAACUCCCCUGGAUGAAGCCACUGGUGGUGCCUUCCAAUCACUGCAAUCAGGGGGAUUUAAUGCAGCUGCACACACCGGCUCCUCUUUUCCUGCCUGGACCACACACCAAGAACUAAAAGUGGAUGUUCGUUCUGCUGCUUCUGGCUCUGCUGCUCUGGACCCUGCUGUUCCCAGCACUGCUCCUCCUGGCCCUGCUGAUCCUGGCCCUACUGUUCCCUGCCCUGCUGCUCUUGGCCAUGCUGCGUCUGGCAACAUCACUUCUGGCCCCACCUUUCUCCAGAUUGCCCUUGCCUCCAUGACAAGUCCUCCCGCUUUGUGGGUUCCUCACAUUGUCCUCCUCACGUUGCCCUGGUGUCCAGCAGCAGGUUCUGUCACGCAGCACAACAUGUGCAAAGAGUCUGAUCCGCUUCUGUACAGGGAACUCACCCGUGCCGCUAGACGGGGUGCUGCCAUCUUGAAGCAGAGGUGCAUGACAAAAGCCUGGGCUGGCAGGCAAAGACAGGAACUUAAUAGACAGCGGGGCCUCAUGAACCUGCAAAUGAUAUCCACAGGGGUUUGGACUGAGGCAUUGUCAGAGUAA